UUCCUCUUGGCUGCAAUCCCCGACAGCGCCGUCACGCUCGUUUCCUUUGACGCUCUCUCUUCCACUUCCUCCGCAAUUGCCCGGUAACGCAGUCUUGCAUUUUUCUGCCUUUGUUUCUCAUUUAUGUGUGCUGUAUCUCGUGAAGCCUUUUACCCCACGUUUGGUGGUGUAUUGCAUCUUUUAGCAGCGAAGUAGUAUGGCUGGAUCUGCACCCGAAGGGUCUCAGUUCGAUGCUCGCCAAUAUGACGCCAAGAUGGAGAAUAUCUUGAGCGGCGAGGGAGAUGAUUUCAUUUCUACUUGGGAAGAGGUCCACGAGACGUUUGACGUCAUGGGUCUUCACGAGAACCUUCUCAGGGGUAUAUACGCCUACGGUUUCGAGAAGCCGUCCGCCAUCCAGCAGCGUGGAAUUGUCCCUUUCACAAAGGGUCUGGAUGUUAUCCAACAAGCCCAGUCCGGCACAGGCAAGACCGCGACAUUUUGCUCUGGUAUCUUGCAGCAGUUGGACUACCAGCUUUUGGAGUGCCAAGCUUUGGUGCUGGCACCCACCCGCGAGUUGGCACAGCAGAUCGAAAAGGUGAUGCGCGCCCUUGGCGACUACCUGCAGGUGAAGGUACACGCGUGCGUGGGAGGGACCAGUGUGAGAGAGGACCAGAGGAUUUUGCAGGCCGGUGUUCACGUUGUGGUCGGUACACCUGGGCGUGUGUACGACAUGUUGCGCAGGAACGCACUGCGCGCGGACUCCAUCAAGUGCUUUGUGCUGGAUGAGGCCGAUGAGAUGCUUUCUCGGGGGUUUAAGGAUCAGAUUUACGACAUCUUUCAGCUGCUGCCCCAGAAGCUUCAAGUGGGUGUUUUCUCUGCUACCAUGCCUCCUGAAGCCCUCGAGAUCACAAGGAAGUUCAUGAACAAGCCGGUGAAGAUCUUGGUGAAGAGAGACGAAUUGACUCUGGAGGGCAUCAAGCAGUUCUACGUGAAUGUAGACCGCGAGGAGUGGAAGUUGGACACCCUGUGCGACCUGUACGAAACUUUGGCGAUCACCCAGAGUGUGAUCUUCAUCAACACCCGCCGGAAGGUGGACUGGUUGACUGACAAGAUGCGCGCUCGUGAUCACACCGUGUCGGCUACUCACGGAGACAUGGACCAGAACACCCGGGAUAUCAUCAUGCGUGAGUUCCGCUCAGGAUCUUCCCGGGUGUUGAUCACAACGGACCUGUUGGCGCGUGGCAUUGAUGUGCAGCAGGUGUCUUUGGUGAUAAACUACGACCUGCCAACCCAGCCGGAGAAUUACCUUCACCGUAUCGGUCGCAGUGGGCGAUUCGGGCGUAAGGGAGUGGCCAUCAAUUUUGUGACGAAGGAGGAUGAGCGCAUGCUCCAGGAUAUUCAGAGGUUCUACAACACUGUGAUUGAGGAGCUUCCAUCUAAUGUUGCGGAUCUUCUGUAAGUCGCGGAAAGUUCUUCGGAAGCACGAGGGCCGGAAGCAGCAUUUCCUCAAGGUCUGCUUGAGGAAGGAUCCUGUGUAAAGUUUUGGAGCGACUACUUUGUUAGAAUCCACCUCGUUCUCACCUGUCGGUUCUGCCCAUUUGCGUUUUGUUCUAUGGUACAUUAUGCAUGCUAGUCUGAAGAGAGGAAAGAGUAGGAAAUCCAGCCUCGAGAGGCUUUGAGUUGCAGAUUUAGGGCAGAGAGGUAUGUGGGUCGCAAAUGAGGCCAAAUUCCUUAUAAUUAGAAUAUAUGGAGAAUUUCCGAGCGAAUUUUGCGUCUGAUUGUAAUUUCUUUUAUGGGAGCCACAUAAUCAGCCACUUGCUGCCGUUAUUAGUGUGCUCAA